AUGACUCGUGAAAACUUGCUGCCAUCAGGUAAAGAAGUUCAUUCAAAAUUCUUAAAUAGUGGCCCAUCGUUUCCGCAAUUUGAUAUUGAAUGCAUCGAGCCUGAGAAUGAAGGACUGAAUGAAGGACUGAAUGAAGACCCUGAUUAUUCGCCACCUUCAAUGUCAUCAUGCAGCUUUUCAUCAUUGGAUGACGAGGGAUCUUUUGAAAAAGUCUCGGAAGAAUACAACAUCACGACUGUAAAAUCAAGGAGAGGACGCGAAAAAAAAACUGGGUUGGAAGGAUUUUUAGUUGGAACGGAAAUCGAUACUUUGCCCUACUUGAUGAAAGAUGAUGCAGAAGACAAAUCCAUUCCUUUGAUGAACGUCUCGUCAAUUCCACACAAUGAGCUCGCUCACAGCAAUGCUCCACAAAAUAACAUGGAAGAGGAAAGGGUUGAAGCAAUUGAAGAGGUCUGUGAGGAAAUUCUAAAUAACCUGGUAGAGCAAGUGGACCAACCGGAGUACAACGAGGUCAUGGAUUGUGAAGUUUCCGAAAACCGUGGCAGCAGGUGGAGACGACGAAAUCCACAAAAAUGGAAGUGUAAUGUGGAAAAACGUAAGCGAAGUCAAUGUUUACCUUACGAAGGGAAGAAAAAGCUACGACCUGCCAAAACUCCGAAACCAAUCAACUGCCAGAAGUGUCGUUUCCAUUGCUCCAAAUACUUCACAGAAGCUCAGCGGGAAAACAUUUGCGCUUUUUAUUGGGGCCUAGAGGAUUUUAAAAGGCAGGAUUUUAUUUUGGGGCAAGUAACUUUGCAAGCUCCUGCAAGAAGACGACCUCGUAAGGAAGGGGCUCCGCGCAUCAACAGUAUGUCAUACCGAUUUAAAGUUAAUGGAGACGAUGUAAGAGUGUGCCAAAAAUUUUUCCUCUCAACUCUGUCCAUAUCCAAAGAUGUCGUGUAUAAUGCUCUCAUGCAUAAAGGUGAGUAUGGCUCGUACGUUGGUGAAGAUAAACGAGGGAAACGAGCUCCUGCGAACAAGACGAGCGAUGAAGCUAUUUCAUUCGUCAAGAAACACAUCGAGAGCUUUCAUGCUGUGGAUUCACAUUACUCCAGGAGUUCAAGCCGCAGACGGUACCUGGAUGCCACUCUUAGCAUUGAAAAGAUGUACGAGCUCUACUUGGAGGAAUUCAAGAAAGAAUAUGAAGACAGGCCUCAGGAUGAGGAACCAGAUCGUGCCGAAGAAGCAAAAUCUCCACGUCCUGUUUCCCUGUUUAUUUACAAGAGGGUGAUCAAUAACCGCAACAAAGACGAGAACGGAGAUCGAGUCAACUGGCUAAAAAUCAAGAGCUUUCGAUUUAGGAAAGACAGACCGGGGAAAAUUGAGUACAAGUACAUGCACUCGGAAGAGUACAAGACAAUUUCUGUGUACUGCAUCGGGCGACCGCGUACCCUACCCAGUAGGCUUCCUCAACUCUAUAAAAAACGACUGCCCAAUAGUGUCCAGAAGAAAAAAGACCUUCUGAAGCUGUGCCGACAAGGAGCAAUCCCUGUAGACUUCCACCCAUGGUACAAGCAGCUGCCAACAUCACUGCCGAAGAUUAUGCCGAGAAUCAUUCAGAAGAAGAGGGAGAUCAACAAGAUGAUUGAUAGAGCCCCGACUCAAUCACAGAAGCCAGGUUUUACUAUUCUCCAAGCCAAAGAAGAUGCUGAUGUUUUGAUAGUCCGCAAAGCGUUGGAUUUAGCUCAGCAAUUUGAAGAAAAUGUUAUUGUUGUGGGAGUCGAUUUGGAAGCUAUGAUAAUCGAUUUAUCCCCAGAUAAUAUUGUAAUGUGGAAAACAAAAAUCCAAAAGAAACCGGACGUGCUCUAU